AUGGCAAAUCUUGUUCUGAAAUUCCCCAACAACUUGAAGAGCUUCUCUGUAUCAGCUUCUGCUUCCUCUAAUGGAUCUCCUCCUGGCGUGCAUCAAUCUAAAGGACCGGUGAUUCUUGAACUUCCCCUCGAUAGAAUUCGGAGACCCCUUAUGCGUACAAGAGCUAAUGAUCCCCAGAAGGUGAAGGAACUUAUGGAGAGUAUCAGUGAGAUUGGGCUCCAAGUACCAAUUGACGUGCUGGAUGUUGAUGGCGAAUACUAUGGUUUUUCGGGUUGUCACCGUUAUGAGGCUCACCAGAAGCUAGGACUCCCAACUAUCCGUUGCAAAGUUCGUCGGGGGACAAAAGAAACUUUGAGGCAUCACCUACGGUGA